AUGAUCUUAGUUGUUGUCGGAAUUCUGUCUGAUAUGGAGCCAGAUUCAUGGGAAGAAGUUGAAGAAAGUCUUAACAAGGGCAACACCUCAAUCACAAAUCAGUGGAUAGAGACCCUAGAGUUGAGUUAUCGUCAUUUACCUGAGCCUCUAAAAUGCUGCUUCCUAUACUGUGGUGCAUUUGGAGAAGACCAACAAAUACCUGCUCGAAAAUUGGUAUGGUUAUGGAUUGCAGAAGAACUUGUGGUGGAGAAAGAUGGACGAGAACAUUUGGAGGAUGUUGCUGAGGACUACUUGAAGGAGUUAAUAAAUAGAAAUUUAGUUAUGAUUGCAAAGAAAGGUUCUGCCGACCGGGUAAAAACUUGCGUUCUUCAUGAUCUGUUACACAACUUUUGCAUACUAAAGGCCAAUGAAGAGUGUUUUUUGCAUCACUUACCUAGUCAUGACCUUGGUAAGUCCAUUGAACCAAACAUGAUAUAUCGGUUAAGUGUUCAUUACAGGAAAGUUGAAGAUCUUGUGGAUUCGAGGCUGAUUUAUUCUCGAUUACGCAGUUUGUUACUCGAUGCUGAUUUUGGAGGAGGGUGCGACGAUGCAUUCUAUUCCAAAAUUUUCCAAUCCAGACUUUUACGAGUUUUGGAAAUGACAGUUGCUCGUGAGUGCUACGUCAUUCCAACCGUAAUUCUACCACUUGUCCAUCUAAAGUACUUGGCCUUGAGAUCAUUUUCAACAAAGUUUAUCAUCCCUCCGUCAUUUUCCCAACUAGCAAAUUUGGAGACUUUCAUUUUUUAUGGAUUCGGAGGAGUUUACCUUGAAAUUGAGCUUCCAAAUACUCUUGGGAGUAUGAUAAAAUUAAAGGAUCUCUACACCCGUCAUGCUCAAUGGGUACUGCCACCAGACAAUCCGGAACACCUCUCCAAUCUAAAGAAUUUACGGAAUCUUUCAUCCGUAACGUUUUCAAGUCUACAAACAAUGACGGAACUGAUCAGAAACUUUGCCAAUAUCCGGAAACUGAAAUGUGAUCUCGAUCUGGAUGAGGAGCAGCAUGUGAACUUGGAGAUUGUAAGACUAGAUUUCUUGACUCAACUUGAAUCACUUAAAUUCUACUGUGGUCCCCUUGAUCGUCCCUUUCAGUUUCCUCAGAAGCUGAAGAGGCUCUCUCUGUUGGGGCUUGAGCUUCCAUGGAGUAAAAUCUCCGCAAUUCAUAAACUACCUAAUCUUGAGGUUCUCAAGUUACAGAGCCAUUCAUUUUUAGGAGACGAAUGGGACAUCCUAGAAGAAGAAGAGACAUUCCCUAAUCUCAGAUUUCUUAAAUUGGAAGAGUUGGAUUUACGAAAGUGGAUGGCCUCCAAUGAUAAUUUUCCUUGCCUAAAAAAAUUAGUGUUGUCAUGGUGUGAUAAGUUGGUGGAGUUACCUACUUGUUUAGCUGAAAGUGCAACUCUUGAAAUGAUCGAGGUAUGUCGUUGUACAGUUGCAACUGAAUCAUUAAAGCAGAUUCAUGAAAUUAAGGAGAAAUAUGGAAUUGAGAAUCUGAAAAUCCUCAUCGUCGAAUGA